AUGCCGCAAAACGUAACAACCUCCUCCGGCAACAACCCCCUCAUAGCCCAAAUCUACGCCGCCCAAACCCCCUCCGAACUGCAAACCCUCUACAACAGCUGGGCCUCCAAAUACAACCAAGACCUCUCCGAGCAGGACUACCAAGCACCCACGCACGUCGCGCACGCGAUCCUCAAACAUUUCCCUGGUGCCAGGACCGCUUUCGACGCGGGCUGUGGGACGGGACUUUCUGGCCUGGCGUUGAAGGCUUCUUUGUCGGGUCUGGAGGUUUUGGAUGGCGUGGAUUUGUCGGAGGGGAUGUUAGAGGAGGCGAGGGGGACGGGGGUGUAUACGUCUCUCGAGCCCUGCGAUUUGACGAAGCCGUUGGACGAUGCAGAAGAUGGUGCUUAUGAUGUGGUUAUUUGUGUUGGGACGCUCACGCAUGGACAUGUGGGUCCUGUUCCGGCUUUGGGGGAGUUUGUGAGGGUUGUGAAGGAGGGGAGGGGCGUUGUGGCUGCGACGGUGUUGGAUGAUAUUUGGGAGGGGGAGGGGUUUAAGAGGGAGGUGGAGAGGUUGGAAAGGGAGGGCAUGGUGGAGGUUUUGGGGAGGGAGAGUAUGCCGUAUCGGAGGGCUGCUGGGGUGCAUGCGAGGGUUUUGGUUUUGAGGAAGAGGUGA